CUCUCGAGCUUUAAUGACACAAUUUCGAGCAUUGAAUAGGAAAUCUGAAGAAGUAGACAUGCAACAUUUAUGGUUCUUCUUCUGUUUUCUUCAUCUUGGCCAUACGACUGACCUUGAUAAGAAAUGUGGUGAACACAGUUGUUGUUCAGGGUUCUAUUUUGAUUCGUCUGGGGAUUGUGUAGCUUGCCUACUGGGAUAUUAUGGAGUAAAUUGUUCUUUUCCCUGUCCGAACGGUUACUAUGGAGACAGAUGUCGAAAAAUUUGUGGUUGCCCUCAAGAAAUGUGCAAUGCAACAUUUGGCUGCAAAAGAUCGGUUGAUGUGAAUUACCUAGACCCAGUAACACUUCCAACGAUAAUCGUUACCGUCCUUGGGCUUCUCGUUUUGUUCAUCCUUUUCGGCACUCUCAUAGUGUUAAAAUUGAGACAAAAUACACAACUGGAAAACUCGCAAGUAAAGUUAAAAACCAGUGACGUCACAUCGCCUUACGAGAACGACUUACCAGUGGCAGACCUGUGUGGUCCAGUCGAUUUUCCUCCAUUUCAGGAAAAUAAAAACGUCACCGACUCACAUGAAAAAAUUCCUAUGUAUGACACAUGUUUUUGAUACAUGGAUAAGAUGUACAAAAUGGGAUAUUUAAAUAAAUGAUUUGUAGGAAGUAGAAUUAUUCAUACAUUUUAACUAGUUUUGUAUUUUUUUACGUCAAGCGGUGUUACAUGUAUUAAACAUCAUGAAACUUAUCACGUGCUUAUUUUGAUUUAACUGUAAAAUUUAGUUCAAUCUAAAAUAAAUGUCGAUGAU